CAGUGUCGGUUCCAGAGGAUGAGCCGCUGCGCAGCGCUCUGACAGCACGAGCCUGAAAAGACGAAUGGUGCAGCGAAUUUUAUCAAAUACUCUCCAGGAUUCUUCUUCAUGUAGUCUGCCAUAAAUUACCUACAAGAAUGUGGAGAAUUUAAUUCUAGAGACGAAGACUAUGGACGAACAGCAAGCAGCGAUUUCAGAUCGGGGAAAGUAAAACAGACCAGGAAAAGGUGCCCUCUCUUUGCUUUAAGUCUGAUAAUUGGUCUGUCUGGUCUCCAGCUCGUCUGUGUCUGGUUGUCUGGUUCAGGCAAGCAGUGAUCUUCCACAGCAGACAUCUCCAGGGAUUGUAGCCCGUGGUCUGAGGAGGAGUCAUGGGGCCGGUACGGGCCUACCCAUUAGCCCUGCCUGUGCUGGCUGUUCUGGGCCUCAUUAUCAGCGCAUGGAGUCUCAACCCAGAUGACCCCAAUGUCUGCAGUCACUGGGAGAGCUACGCAGUGACUGUUCAGGAGUCCUACGCUCAUCCUUUUGACCAGAUCUACUACACCAGGUGCACCGACAUCCUCAAUUGGUUUAAAUGCACCAGACACAGGACCAGCUACAAGACAGCUUAUCGGCGUGGAGUGAGGACCAUGUACCGUCGACGUUCUCAAUGCUGCCCUGGCUACUUCGAGAGCGGAGACUUGUGUGUCCCACAAUGUACCGAGGAGUGUGCCCAUGGUCGGUGUGUGUCUCCUGACACAUGUCAGUGUGAGCCAGGCUGGGGAGGACUGGACUGCUCUAGUGGUUGUGAAAGUGGCCACUGGGGGCCCCACUGCAGCAACCGCUGUCAGUGCAAGAAUGGGGCCCUGUGUAACCCUAUCACAGGAGCCUGUGUCUGCACAGACGGCUACCAAGGAUGGCGCUGUGAGGAUCAAUGUGAGCCUGGCUACUAUGGCAAGGGCUGCCAGCUGCAAUGUCAAUGCCUCAACGGUGCCACCUGCCACCACGAGACGGGGGAAUGCAUAUGUGCACCAGGCUACAUGGGCCCCAUCUGUGGAGAGCGAUGUCCCUCUGGAAGUCAUGGGCCACAGUGUGAGCAGCGCUGCCCCUGUCAGAACGGAGGAACCUGCCAUCACAUCACUGGAGAAUGCUCCUGUCCUGCUGGAUGGAUGGGGUCUGUGUGUGCCCAGCCAUGCCCAUUCGGCAAAUAUGGGAUCAAUUGCAGCAAGGAAUGCUCGUGCCGCAAUGGAGGACUGUGUGACCACAUUACAGGACAGUGUCAGUGUAUUGCAGGAUACAGUGGCCAUAGGUGCCAGGAAGAGUGCCCGAUCGGCACAUACGGACCCCAUUGUGCCCUCCACUGUGACUGUAAGAAUGGGGCCAAGUGUUACCACGUCAACGGAGCGUGUUUGUGUGAUACAGGAUUCAAAGGGCCUCACUGCCAGGACAGGUUCUGUCCACCAGGCCUCUACGGCCUCAUCUGUGACAAAUACUGCCCAUGUAACACCACCAACACACUCAGCUGCCACCCCCUGACAGGUGAAUGCUUGUGUAAAGCAGGAUGGAUGGGUCUAUACUGCAAUGAGACCUGUCCCCCAGGUUACUAUGGAGAAGGAUGUAGUGUGCCGUGCCAGUGUACUAAUGGAGCAGACUGCCACAGUUUCACUGGGGCCUGUAUCUGUGCCCCAGGCUACACAAGUGACGACUGUUCCCGAACCUGCCCACCCGGACUAUACGGUACUAACUGCACUUCCACCUGCAACUGCCACAACCAGGCAUCCUGCUCACCAAUCGAUGGCUCCUGCAUCUGUAAAGAAGGUUGGCAGGGAGUAGACUGCUCAAUCCUGUGCUCCAGUGGGAUGUGGGGACUGAGCUGUAAUCAGACUUGUUUAUGUGCCAAUGGUGCAGCUUGUGACCCAAUGGACGGCUCCUGUACCUGUACCUCUGGCUGGAGAGGGGAACGCUGCCAGCAGCCCUGCCUAGAUGGCACAUAUGGGCUGGAGUGUCGCGAGCGUUGUGACUGUAACCAUGCUGAUGGAUGCGACCCUGUGAGUGGAUUCUGUCGCUGUUUGCCAGGAUGGACAGGCAUUCACUGUGACAGCAUCUGCCCUCAAGGCUUCUGGGGGCCUAACUGCUCCAUGACUUGCUCAUGCCAGAACGGAGGCUCCUGCUCUCCUGAAGACGGGACCUGCGUAUGCGCUCCUGGCUACCGCGGGACUUCCUGCAAGAGAAUUUGCCCUCCCGGUUUCUAUGGGCACCGCUGCAGCCAAUCAUGCCCACAAUGUGUGCACAGCACAGGGCCGUGCCACCAUGUCACGGGUCACUGCGAGUGCCUGGCUGGCUUCUUCGGCUCGCUUUGCAACCAAGUGUGUCCCAGUGGCAAAUAUGGGAAAGCCUGUGCUGAGAUCUGCGUGUGCACUAACAAUGGCACCUGCAACCCCAUUGAUGGCUCUUGCCAAUGUUUCCCAGGUUGGACUGGAGACGACUGUUCACAGAUUUGUCCCAUAGGCCAGUGGGGCCCUGACUGCUUGAACUCGUGUAACUGUCACAACGGAGCCCAAUGUAGUGCCUACGACGGAGAGUGCAGGUGCAGCCUGGGCUGGACCGGCCUCUACUGCACACAGCGCUGUCCCUCAGGGUUUUAUGGGCGAGACUGUGCAGAGGUGUGCCGCUGUCAAAAUGGAGCUGACUGUGAUCAUAUCACUGGCCAGUGUGCCUGUCGGACUGGCUUUAUUGGGACCAACUGUGAACAGAAGUGUCCUCCCGGGACAUUUGGCUAUGGCUGUCAGCAGCUGUGUGAAUGUCUGAACAACGCCACCUGCGACUAUGUGACCGGAACAUGCUACUGCAGCCCGGGAUACAAAGGAAUCCGCUGUGACCAGGCGGCACUAGUGAUGGAGGAGCUGAACCCCUACACUAAGAUCAGUCCUUCUCUGGGUUCAGAGCGCCAGUCUGCAGGUGCGGUCAUGGGCAUCAUCUUCCUGUUGCUGAUCAUCAUGGCCAUGCUCAGCUUGUUUGUUUGGUUCAGGCAGAGACAGAGAGACAAAGGCCAGGAAAUGCCCAGUGUUUCAUACACCCCAGCCCUGCGUGUUACCAACACUGACUACUCCCUCUCUGAAACAUCUCAGAGCAGCAGCGGUGGCCAGUGCUUCUCCAAUCCAAGCUACCACACUGUGGCACAGUGCAACAUUUCAUCCUCCAACACAAACAAUCUGGAUGGCACUCUCGCUCUUAAGAAAGGAGACAGGAACAGUUCAGAAUGGAGAGCGUACUGCAAUCUCAAUGACCUGGGAGUAUCAAGAGGAGAUACACUUACAUUGAGGGACAACAAAACCACUCGAAUGGCCAAAGAUUACAUAAAGGCCUCCAUGUGUAGCUCCAGCUCGUGCUCCCUAAAUACUGAGAACCCAUACGCCACCAUCCGAGAUCCGCCCAGCCUGGCCUGCAAGCACACUGAAAGCAGCUACGUGGAGAUGAAGUCACCUGCUCACAGAGACCUGACCUUCUGCUCCAGCACUAGCACAACCCUGACCACUGCCAGCAGGAACGUCUAUGACGUGGAACCGACAGUGAGUGUUCUUCAGGGACCCAAUGGCCUAGCAACCGGAUUCUCCCAGAGUCCUUAUGACCUCCCGCGGAACAGCCACAUUCCCAGCCACUACGACAUCUUGCCAAUGCGCCACAGCCCAACACACACCCCACCCCCUCCCGAAAGUCCCCCGAGCUCCCUGCUGUAGAGGCCAGUCCUGCCCAGUCCAGAUACACAAACACAAGACCAGGCUGCUCCGGGACCAGUUUUUUAAAAUCUCAGUCUGUCUCACUCCUCAUCUCUCUUUCUCUCCAACACUCAUUCAAGUACAGAUGCAUGACACAGGAGGAGGCCGCAUUCCUCUUUGCGUUGAGUAAAUGAGGAUUUUGGGAAAUGGACUGUACAUCAAAACAAGAACAGAUUUGGACACCAGCGAUUAUUCAUCAUCCCUCUCAGAGGCGUUUUAUAAUAAGCUGUGCUUAUAACAUUAUGAAAUACUUGCGUAAAAGAGUAUUCUGUUUAUAGGUCUAUGAAACGACUUUUGGAGGGAAUAAAGGAGCAUUUGAGAUGGAUUCAUGGACACAUACUCAACGAUAUGUUGAUUCUUAAAAACUAGAGCUCCACACAUUGGAACAUAUAAUCAAUGCAACUCAAUGAUCCAGAACUUUUCAUUUGGAGUUGGCAUCGAUCUUGCAGCCGAGAGCCAAGGGUGACCAUGAGGGAGCAAUCCCCGCCCCCCCUCCCC